AUUGUCUUCUCUUUCUCUCUCUCUCUCUCUCUCCCUCCCUCCUUCCUCCGUCUGUGACAUGUGGUUGCGUGGUUGAUGAUGAUGGUGGUGAUGUUGAAUUAGCAUGUGAUGGUGGAGGAGGAGAUCAGUGUUGGAGGAGGAGGAGUAGGAGGGGAAGAGGAAUGAAGAGAAGGGGGAGUAUUAUUGGGUAGUCAUGGUGAUGUGAUGGAGGGGUUGGAGGCCCUCAUGAAUAGGGCCAGGGGCACCUUUGCUGCCGCCCUGGCCCACAGGAGUAGACCGGCGGACAAGAGUGAGACCACACCGCCUCGGGGCACGAAACAAUCGCCGAAGACUCGUGGUGCUACGACAAGCACGCGCUCUUCCCUUCGCAAGUCCGAGACACGCCCACAUUCGCAUGAAGAGACAAAAAUGCGGGGUCAUUAUGAAGGCGUGCCCAUGCGGGAAUAUUUAGCACCGAACCCUCACACCGUGGGCGUGCCAGUACCUGAUGUCCACCCAUCUACGCCCCGGCGACCGCCCAUUCAUCCCCGCCCGACCGGUAGCCAAGAUCAGAUCGGAAUUCCUCAGGCACGCCUACCUCUCAGAAACCACAAUGCCAGCAGUAGUCACCCUCAUCUGGCCAGACCUAUGUCAGCCCACCCGAGGCACAGAGACAGAGACUAUUACGGCAGCGACCGUCAUGUGUACCGCGGCAGGAGCGGGGACAGCUUGCAGCAGCAGGAAUUUGGCAGCCAGAUCACCUCAACCACUGGCUUAAGGUCACCUUCGAGUGCCUCCCGUUCUGCCGAGAGCGUCUGGAGCGACCGCUCUCAUCGCAGUCGAUCCCGAAGUAACCGUCGGCGAUCGGCUGAAAGGAGCGGCUCUGCCGGAAGUCACCGACCCAGACACAGUCCGGAAGACCGCGACAGGAGACGGAGGAGCAACUCUCCGCCGCCCUUAAGGCGCAGCCGUUCGCGGGAAGGCAGGCGAAGCCGGAGGGAGGGUAGUGGGCGUGCCCCUGAGAACAGAGAGCCCACUGUGCCUACUUCACCCGUUAGCAGUGAUGCUGGAAGACGAGUGUCUAGUGUGUACACCAUCAGUGGUAGGGAAUGCCCGGAAACGUACGAACCCCACCACCAGAUACAGCACAUCCGUAAUCUGCAGCCAGUGCAACCACAGGUGGUCACUCCGGAGGUAUCGCUGGCUCAGAAAUGGAAGGAUGCCAUCCACCAAGCCAUAUCUCAGCGGGAUAUCAGCCCAAUUAAACCUCUUUUACCUACUGCUGAAGAGACUAUCGAUUUCUUAGGCCAACAACAGGUGAUAGCGUUAGUAUGCGGCAUCAUCACAGCUUUCCUGAUGGUGUUAGCGCUUUCAUCGUCAGACUGGUUACUGGCACAGGGAUGGCGCCAGGGCCUUUUCGCCCACUGCAUUGGCGAUGGCGCCCCAAAACCAUUACCCUUCCAGAUCAACGCUGAAGUCGGAUGUCACACUGCCAGAGACGAACCUUACAUUAUGGCAAGUGCAGCACUGUGCAUCAUUUGCUUGUUCCUGGAUGCAUUUGCAACCCUAAUGACUGGCCUGGGUCUAAGUAGUAACGAUCCUGCUGUCAAGACACGCUAUUACCGAAUUGCUGUUUGGGUUAUGACGGUUGCUUUGAUCGCUAUCCUUAUUGCCCUCAUUUUGUAUCCUGUUUUCUUCGCCCAAGAAUUGGAGCUUGGUAAUCGAACCUUGUGGGAGUUUGGAUGGGCUUAUGGUGUUGGUUGGGGUGCUGCCAUUUUCCUCUUUGGGGCAGUCGUAUUGCUACUUUGUGACCAGGAGGAGGAAGAAAUAUAUUAUAAGGAGCGCACUAUCAUCCAUGCUGAAAAUGAUUCCAGGGCUUAAUGGAAGACAUAAGCAAAUAGGAGUAGUGAUUUUUAUUAUAACUACAUAUCUUCAUGCUAUGAAGAUUACUGCUUUUAAUAAAAACUGUGGCUAAAGAAGAGAAGCACAUCCAUAACUACAACAGUGACUGGAAAAUGAGGAUAGCAUCCUGGUCAAAGACUGUGGGCACCUGUUGGAAAGUUAUAGUUACUAAUUCACUGUAGGUACCAAGACCCGAGAUUAGUUAGUGCAGGUACCAAGACCUGAAUUAAUUGCAAAAUCUAAUUAAUGUAAAGUGAAACAACCAGGAAAAUAAGUGAGGACCAGUAUGUAAGUUUUAAAUCCAGAAAAUUCCUUUUUAGCAUAUUCCUUUCCUUUUUGUAUUAAUGGCAGUUGAAAGUUUUGUCUGUCUUUAUGACCACAGUACAGUACCACCUAGUGAUGUGGUGCCACAGGUGUGUAUGGCCAGUGUGCUCUCUAUUGUGUAUAUUUCUUGUAUACCUGCAGUUUCUACUUGGUCUUCUUCCAUGCAUGCACCCGUUUUCCUCAAAAUGUCCAGCAUCUUAGGCAUAAGUUUUUAAUGCUCAUAAAUUCCUGUCAAAGAAAACUGUGGGCAUGAGACAUUGAGUAAGUCAUGCUUCUGCGCUGGGAAUAACCUUGUAAAAUGUGUUCCUUCCCUUUGAGCCAAUGUCUUUCUCUGUAGUGGACAGGACAAUUUAGACAAAAGUUCCCACCUUGUGUAAUUGCCAAUUACUGACCAAAGAUCAGUGGACUUGAAAAAAUAUAGAAAUUUUUUAAAAAUAAAAUGGAGGCCAAAGCAUUCAAGUGUGAAUUGCAUUUACAUAUCUAACUUACUAAUAGGGAUUUGUUCAUAAAUUCAUUUAGUUCAGAGUUUCUUUUUAAUGUAUAUUAUGUGACUAGUGGGACAACUGUAGUAAUGAAAAAUGUUUUAAAUUCUAUCAUGGCCCAAUUUAAUGCACUGUAUUUCAUGAAAGAUGCAAGUCUGUAGUACACCCUUGACUUUGUAGACAUUUGUACUGUAUGGCAGUACUGUAAGUUAAGGUUAAUCUUAGUACUUUUGUACUUUUUAUGUAAUGAAGAUCUCUCGACUUUUUAUAUUUAUUGUACAGUGAAAAUUUCAUGUUAAUGUGUUCUGGAUUUGUAGCUUCAAGUUUGGUUUCAGUUAUUUUCCAUUCCUUUAUUACUACUACAACUUUCACUAUUACUACUACCAUUAUCAACUUUCAUUACCUUGUAAUAUAAAUAACUAAAUAAGGGCUUCAAAUGAUUUAAGCAAGUAAAUGUUUUCUUGAAAAUUUUUUAACAAAAAUUACUCUAACAGGAAUUUUAUCUUCAGGAUUAACUGUUAAAAAUAUGUAUUUAUUGGGUUGAGGCCUUUUUUCAAUACAACCAUAUGGUUUCUCUGCUUAAAAUCCUUUAUCAGUAAUUCAGUAGCCCAGGUGCAGCUUCUAAUGUAAUUUAUCGACUGUGCUCUGUAUCUUGACAUGAAAUAAUAGCUUCAUGUUUUAUUGUAGUAAAUGCCCUUGAUAUUAUCAGAGGUUUAAAACCAAGUCAGCACCAAAAUGCUUCAAAGGUACAGAAAUAGUUACAUAAUGUUGGAGACUGAAAAGUACUAAGAUAGUUCUAAUCACAUUUAAAAUGCAAGCUACUUAAUGCUGACUCCGGCUUUAAGCCAUAGUUUACAUGAUUCUCAGGCAGUUGAAGGUUUGCAUAAUAAUGGUAAAUAAAUGAAAGUAAAAUUCAGAUGUCAUGUAGUGACAAUCAUUUUCUUACUUGCACAAAGUACCCUGUUUAGCCCAUUCAUGUAGAGUAAGCUGUAUCAAAACUAGUGGAAACCUAUAAUAGUUGAAAUGUAAAUUUGUGCACUAAUGAAGUAUUGUACAUGUAAAAUACGAAUGUUUUUUUAACUGUGACAUUGAAAAGGAUAAGGCAUCUGCUUCCAAUAGAGCAGUGGGUUCUGGAAGGCAAAACAAUGGAGUCUGCCAACUUUUUUGUCUGUCAUAAGUACACAAUGUGCUAUAAUAAUUGCAGGUUAACCAAAACUAUGGCUGUCUACCUACAUUGUGUAUUAAAAUGGGAACUAAUUGUGAUAAAACUAAUACAGUUAUUUCUUAGACAGUUGUUGACAAUAUAUUUUAUACCAAAUAUAAUUAUUUUAUAUUUAUUUCUUCUGUACUUUUAUGUUGUACUUUACCCCAAAACAGUUUUGAGUUUAUUUUGAAUUUAUACCUAAGAAAUAGUCCCAUAAUCAUUGUAAGCAUACUACUAUAGACUAUUUUUUAAUCAUGUCCACCCUAUUAAUUACAGUAAUUGCUUUGUAUUUGUAUUAACGAAGGUAGUUUAAAAUUCCUCCACUUUUAAGAAAGCAUGAUCCUCAGUUAAGCUGGACAAUACGAAGACUAUCCAUGUGCAUAUGCCUGUUAUUCAAAUACUACUGUUACUUCAGGUUAAUCUAGCCUGUUGUAAGUCAUUACAUAAAAACCAUCGUGCCAAUUAAGACAAAUUGUUCUAUCCUCCUUUGUUAAGUGAUUUACUAUUCUAUUUGAUAUGGACAUUGUAUCUUUAAACCCUUGCCUGUUGGUAUUGCCAUUUUAUCCUUUUUCAUUAUACCUUUUGAGAACUCUGUAAAAGCAAAUCCAUAUCAGUGUUUCUGAGGCUUGUAGUGCACCAGCUGUGUAUAUACUGCUUCUCUUUCUAUUUUCAUUGUAUACUGAAGUGCCAGUGAUUAUAAUACUAUAUAUAAGAAGCAACUAUAAGGUUGUGAAAUUAGUAAUUGGAGUCCUUCAUUUACAAUUUUCAGAACAUCUUGCUCAGAUGGUAUACACUUAUCCCUGUUUGUAACAGAGUAUACCAAGAAUUUUGAACUUCAGAUUUAGUAGAAAUCAAGGAAAAAUUUAGUCAACAGAUAAAAUAUAAAAUACUGUACUAGUCUUUUUUUUCUUUUUUUUUGUGUUUCUAAAUUUCUGGAACAGUGUGUUUUAAACUCUGUUGCAGUUAAUAAUCCUUAGGCAUAUGUGAAGAAUUGUAGAUCUGAUGUUGAAACUAGUCAUUUUUUUGAGUCACCUGUGCACAGAUACACCUCAGAAAUAUGUAAAAUACAUAAUUAUGAAACUUAUUGUUUAUAUUCGAAUUGGCAACAGUGUAUCACUCAUUAGGGAUGAGCCAGAUGACUUGGUUAUUGUGACAGUUCUGAUUUGAUAUGACAAUACACAUAAAAUUUAAGUGUUGCCAAAGAAUUCUCUUAUUUUAAUUACAUUAAUGUUCUGUGCUGUAUGGACAUUAUCACCCAGCCUGAACCCAGAGAAUCUACUUGCAGGAAGUGUAUAUUUCAAGUUACAAUUUUUGUACUAAUUAUAAACAGCAUGUCUUGUAUUCAUGAACAUUAUAGUAAUGUUCAUUUACAUACCUUCCUGAAGCUGGGAAGAUUCUUUUGAUUAGUCUUUGUUGCAAAAACAAAAAAACAGAGGCUGAUCAUUUUGUAGCAAUAAUAACAACUUAGCUCCAGGUGAAUAACUAAAUGUUUUUUCACUCAAAAUUGUUUCACCAAUUUACUGGAUUGUUUAAAUGGUAUGUAAAUUCUAGAUUUUAUGUAAAAAUACAAAGUGUUUAAUAUAUUAUUGAUAUACAA